AUGAUCAUGCAGACGUCCUCCAGUCCGCCGGGACGCAGCAGCCUGCUCGGCGGGCUCAAGCGCCGCACCUCGCGCCGCACGCCCGAGCUCGACCAGUCGCCCUUCUCCUCGUCGUACGCCGCGCGGCCGCGCGAUCCCAACGAGGAGGUCAAGAAGGAGCGCCGCAAGUCGGCCAUGAUUCUCGUCGUCGAGGAGCCGGCGCCGCCGAAGCCGGCGCCGGGCAGCGCCAUGGAUCUGGCAGAGCAGCACCAGCGCCUGCAAGAGUUCCUCAACGCCAGAGAGCCAACGACGACGGCGGCGGCGGCGGCGACGCGGGAGCCCAACGUGCGCAAGCAGUCUGACCCCCUGCCGCCGUCGCGGCCAAGCAAGGCGGACCGGCGCCUCUCGCUGCCCGUGCCUCGCCCGCCGCGCGGCACGCUCAACUCGCCCGAGAAGCUCGCCUAUCUCGACUGGCGCCUCGAGGGCGUGCGUGUCGAGCAGGAGACGGGCGAGAAGGCACCCUCGCUCUCCGACGUCACCGCCAGCUUCACGGGCCGCCAGCUUCACCAGCCGACUGCGGCGCCGGGCACCUCGCCGACGCAGCAGCACCUGCUGGCGCCCGUGCAGCAUCAGCAUCAGCAUCAGCAGCAGCCGCGCCUCGGCGACAGCACGCGGCCGCGCCCUACGCACAGUGCAAAGCCGUCGGUCGACGCAGCCAUGCUUGCGGAGUGGAGCAUCGAGGAGCUGGCGCUCGACCGGCCGCGCGAGCGCAAGAUCAACUUCCUCGCCGCACCACGCCCCGCGACGGCCGACCAGCCUGAGCGGCCACGCUCGCGCCUCAGCGCAGCCAUGGGCACGGGCAUCCAGCGCAGCGGCUCCUAUCUGCAGGCGGGCAUGCCAGGCAUGCAGCGCAGCAACUCGGCCGUGCAGCGCGCCAGUCCCGAGAUGCUGCGCUCCAACACGCCCGCCUUUGGCUACUCGAGGCUCACGCCCGAGCCGGAGGAGGACGAUGACGACGACGACUAUCACUACCGCCCGCGCGACGUGCGGCGCCACAGUGCCAUGCCCCUGUCUGCUCCGCGUGCCGACGAGUCGCUCCUCAGCAGUCCGCCGCGGCCGGUGUCCCGCCUCGGCAAGCCCAGCCCGACCAAGAGUGGCAGCCGGCCGUUCUUCGACGCCAGACGCUGGUCGCGCAUCGCCCUCAACGCCAUCGGCGGCUUUGCGCCGCAGUACGCCGACAACGACUAG